AGAAUAGACAACAUGGGCAGCUUUAUCGGCCAUGCUUACCCAGGGUCCAUUUUCCUGCUUCUGUCCCUUUGGUGGACUGUACAAAUGUUGCAGAGGUACUUCCGGUGCAAAAAGUUCGGUACGGAGUACAUUGCAACCGUGAUGCAUAAAAGUUAUUCCUUUCCGAAAGUUCCAAUUGAACCAAUUAUCAAGAUAUCUCUCAUCAUGUUUGGAAUCGUUGGCGAAAUCAUCCAAGGACAUCUAAAUAACGAGUUUGCACCCAAAAACUGGCACCAUGCAACGAUGUUUAUGUUUUUCGGACUCUCCGGCUUGAUAGAUAUGUUAGUUCACUAUGAUUUCAAGCUUCCCAAAAACGUAGACUAUGCAAUUUUUAAUCUUUCUAUUGCCGUUGAAGGAUUUUUAUUUUUCUGGCACGUGCACGGUAGAGAACCAGUUGAUGUGUGCGUGCACAAACUGUUGGUGUUCGCCAUUUUUCUUGCAUUUUGCGCCUCCAUGGCAGAAAUGUGCUUUCCUUACAGCAUUUUAGCGUCGCUAGCACGACCAUUUUUCUUUUUCCUAAAAGGAACAUGGUUUUGGCAGAUCGCUUUUACCCUGUACGGUCCAUUUCCGGUAGCUAGCGGUGAUAACCACGAUCAGAUGAUGAUAGCUGUUUAUUUCACCUGGCAUAUAGCCGUUAUAUUCCUCUGUAUGUUUGCAUUAGGUAUCGUGGUUUUCUCUUUGCACAACCAUGGAAACGGAUAUACCAGAGUGUCAUGUAACGAAGAAAAAGUCAGUCUUGUAGAAAAAGACAAUGUAGAGAAGAAUAGCACAGAGAUUUGAUGAUUUGAAACCUAUAUUUCUGAACUCUUGCUUAGUUUAUAUUGUCAUAUGGAUUAAAGUACAAUGUAAUUAUGAAAUAUUUGUUUAUGCAAGGUUUGUGUAUUUGGCUAUUGAAUGUUCACUGUAACCCUGUAAAUCUGCUCACUAUUGUCUGUAUUUAGUAUAAUGUAUAUAUACUAGUACAUACUGCAUUUACAUUUAAAUCUUGUGUAUUGUCCUUUAAGGUACCGGUAGGUUCAAUUCAGGUUAAAUACGUGUCAGAAAUCUUAUACGUUCAUUGAUUUCAUUGUUUUGUAACUAUGUCUGUGUAAUCUUAGACGUAUCUUGUAAGAAGGUUUUUGUAAUGAACCAUAUUAUAAU